AUGGCUGUUCGCAACACUCAGGUCGCUUCUUCCCGCUCCAAGAGCCGUAAGGCUCACUUCAGCGCUCCCUCCUCCGAGCGCCGCGUGAUCCUUAGCGCCAGCCUGAACAAGGAGCUCCGCGAGAAGUACGGUGUCCGCUCCAUCCCUAUCCGCAAGGGUGACGAGGUCCAGAUUGUUCGUGGUUCCAACAAGGGCCGUGACGGCAAGAUCACCUCCGUCUACCGUCUCAAGUGGUGCAUCCACGUUGAGCGCGUCGUCCGCGAGAAGUCCAACGGCCAGAGCGUCCCUCUCCCCAUCCACCCCUCCAACGUCGUCAUCACCAAGCUCCACCUCGACAAGGACCGUGAGGAGAUCCUCGCCCGCAAGGCCAAGGGCCGUGAGGCCGUCAAGUCCGCUUAA